UCACUUUCUAAUGUUCACCAAUUUUCUUCAUGUGAACCUUUUGCAAACUAGAUCAUGCUCACUUCAAGGUUCAGUGAAGUUGAGGAACCUAUUUGCUGAUCAGCCACACAGAAAAUUUGGUGACUUCAUUAAAGGAGUAUUUACUCUCUUCCACAGAUUUGGGAAAUGUUUAUUUGCCUGCUGUAGUGAAUUAAGAAAUUUUCAUGUCCCUAUAUUUUCUUAUUUGCCAUGUUUAUAAUAAUUAUGCUCCAUCUCCAUACGGAUUUCUCAUUUCUUGAGAUGAAUCCGUUCGUCGUGGUCAAUGGGGAGCCAUAUCCUCUGGACAUCAGAGGAGAACUAGAUGACACAACAGCCUUCAAAAACUUCAAGAAGUGAAUCAGAUUUCCCAGGGAUACCAUGGCUUGUACUGUCUUGCAAAAGGAAAGCAAAUACAUGGAUGAAGCCUUCAUUUCGUGACUUCCUUUGCUUUUGUUUUGUUUAUUUAGGGAUGGAAUAAGUGAAGGACAAUUCAACUAUGUUUUGAUCCUUGAAAUGGACGCGAUAAGGAAGGCUUGUGCCUCUCUGGAAGAUGGGUAUCUACCCCCAGUGACAUUUGUCGUAAUACAGAAAAGGCACCACACAAGGCUCUUCCCUAGAGUUCAUGGAAGGAGAGAUGUUACUGACAGAAGUGGGAACAUUCUUCCUGGAACUGUGGUUGAUACCGAGAUUUGUCAUCCGCGGGAGUUUGAUUUCUACCUUUGUAGCCAUGCUGGAAUUCAGGGAACCAGCAGGCCAAUACACUAUCAUGUCCUCUACGAUGAAAACCGUUUCUCGGCUGAUGGGCUGCAAAUACUUACAAACAACCUGUGCUACACAUACGCACGAUGCACGCACGCUGUCUCAAUUGCCUCGACAAACCUGGAGUUUGAACAUAUGACAGAUGGUGUGCUCACUUUUUUGGAUGAAGAGUUGCACUUAUAGUUUACUACGUUAGGUUUAUGUACAUAACUAUGUGGAUUGGCCCGACUAUGGCUCCCAAUACUAUAUAUAUAUACCUCCUGUUAUGGUUUGUUCCUAUGCGCCGCUUCACUCCCGUUUGUUCCUUGUGCUGGAUGGAGCCUGUGUUGGAUAGGGCGCCCGAAUGGGCGCCACCUGAUCUAGUAGAUAUGGAGAGCCCUAUAAUGUGCGUGCAUCAAUUGUGUCAUAGCUUGUCGCGGCACAUCAUGUAAAAUAGCGAUUUGCGCCGUAGAUUACACUGUUUGCAGAGUAAGGUUUAAAAUAACGGAUCAGAUAGAGGAUGUGACAGGAUAGCUGUUGGAGGCAGCCUAAAUAUGUUUUGCUGGGUAGCGGCAGAUACAGAAGUCUAUGUUGUUGGGUAUGGCAUGGUUGAUAAAUAAUAUAGUUUCCUAUA